ACCAAGUCUAGCAGCAGUCCUUGUUUAUAUAUCACGUCACAAACUGUGAUAGUGUCAUAGCAGCAGGUGCUGGUUGUGCGUGCACUCCGUCCCCAGUGCAGACGACAAGUCAACUAGUGUUAACAUUAAACUAGCAAGCCUACUUCUAGAUUUACCUGCUGCAUUCCAGCUAUUUGUUUACUUUGCACAAGCAUAAUUAUUACACCAAAUCAAAAACAAAAAAUUAGCAAACCGGUGACCGUAUCCACUUGUUUUUCAUGAUUAAUCAUCGAUAGUUUUUUGUAACUUAAUAAUUCACGUUCCUAAUGUUUUUUAUCACAUAAAUUAACAUGCAUUUACCUGCAUGUGCACGCAUGCAUAUAUAAACAUACAUAUAUCUAAAAAUUCAUAUUCAUAUAUAAACAUACAUAUACAUUUAUAAAUAGCAACAUAGCUAUCCAGAGACUAUCUUCGUCAUCGUUAUUAUUAAUGUUGUAGUUGCAUUGUCACUGUUACCUUUAAAGCAUGCGUUUGAAACUCCACAAGUUAGUACCUAUUAACCCCUUUUACAUGAAGUUAUCUCCGAACAAGAAGCUUGCUUUUCGUCCUCUCAUCUCCAAUAACGCUGCCUCGUGACAACAUUGAUCGAAUGCUAAACUGAUUCAGACUGGAUUGAAUAAUAUGAUAUAAUAUGAAAAUUACAUCAAUAAUGCAAAGGAUAUUACUUUGAAAAAAUUAUUGUGAGUAUUCAGAUUGUGUGGUUGAAAGAAGGAUGACUUUAGAAACCAAUGAAAUUAACAUGGUUCACCAACUUGCUGAGGUGGUGCAUUACCAAAGUAACAAAAUUUUCCGAGGAGAGGGCCGACUUAACCUUUCUACACACACAUUAGUCUUUCUUAAUCAAGCAACACAGGAAGGUUUCCUCUCCAGCUAUCAUAAAGAACAUGAUCUUACAACUGAAAAACAGCAGGAACUGGAUAAACUAAAAAGUGACAUCCAUUUUGUAACUGAUGUACUGGUGGACACAACCGCACUAAAGUUGUACCACCAGUUACAUACAAUACAAGGACCACUUGAAAUUGGCAUGUUCCAGGCAUUAACUGAACUAAAUAUUAACCGUGUUCCUAUUCAUCUUAUACAAGGGAUUGCAAAGCUUAGGUCAACAUUGAAACAGAUUACAAUCAGUCGAAGUUUGCAGACCUUAGAGUCUCUUUUUGAAAUGUGUGGGGGCGAUAGAAGUGGGCCUAUGGCUUGGCAUCAUCUAAUUUAUGCUGAUCUUAGUCAGAACAGUAUUCAGAAGCUGGAUUCAUCUUUGAGGUUAUUGCCAUCACUGAAGUAUCUGGAUUUGAGCCACAACAAUAUUCAAAACCCUGAGAAACAUUUAGAGAAUCUGUUGUAUGUUGAACAAUUAAACUUAGCUUUCAACCAUCUGACGACACUUCCUUCACUGUCUAGUCAUACAAAGUCCUCAAUCAAAACUCUUAUUCUUAGAAACAAUAAUUUAACAGAUCUGAAUGGUGUUGAAGAGUUGGGUUAUUUAACGGAAUUUGAUGCUUCUGGUAACUUUCUUUCUGACCAUUCUUGCCUUGCUGUUAUAUCAGGGAUGCAUCGGCUAAAAAGGUUGUCAUUGUUUGAUAACCCUAUGACAUAUAGGUCAGAUCACAGAUCAAAGUCAGUUGGCCACAUAUCACCUUUAGUCAAUGGAGAUGGGAUUGUUUUAGAUGGUAAAAAUCUGAAUGUAACAGAACUGAAGACAGUAAAAAGGAACAAAAUUACCAAAACAGCUUCAUUUUACUUCCGACCUCACCUGGAAACUCCCUUGACUGAAAUUGAACCUAAUAAGAUGGAGCUAGAAGAGAAAAAUGAUGAAAACCUUGUUGAACGUAUAAAGUGCCGAAAAAUCCCUGUAAAGAGACCUAAACGAAAACGUAAUUGUCCUCAUGGUGAUAAUUUAUCAACAUACAGCAUGGGAUCAAGAGUCAACUCUCCACAUGGUUCCAUCUCCUCUGUCAGUAUUCCUGAUAUAAAACAGCUGCGUGAAUUUCAUGGGGAUGAGUGGCUGCUAUACUAUGAAAACAUACGGCAAGAUAGAGAAUGUAUUACAACACACUCAGCACCUACAUCUCGCAAAGUCUCUCCCCAACAGCAAGAACUGCCAAAACCAUUGCCAAAACUUGAAUACAGUUCUGAUACUUCUAUUGACGAAGGACCUUAUCUUGGUCAUAUGUCUUCCAAGGAAAAAUUGUUUGUGGACUCUGAUACAGAACAGUCAGAUGAAGUUUCUAUCAUCACUCCUCCAAGUGAAGAGAAUGACAAUGUUAAAGAGUAUCCUGAUAGUGAUGAGUUCAAAGAUGAUGUUGUAGAUUUCAAAAAUGAAAGCAAUUUUGGUAUGGAGGCAGAACCAUGGAUUGUCAAAUUGAGUUCUAAUGAAGAUAGUGAAAUCUUUGUGUCAGCAAAUGAACGUUUUCUUAUUGAGAAAGAUAUGUAUGGCCAACUGCUUGAUCGUCUGGACAUGAAGUGUUUGCGAUUUAUGUCUGUUUUGAUGAGAGGUAGUGAAUAUGUAGUUGAACUGAAAUUUGACUAUGUUAAAUCAAACCGCAGGGUACGAACUUAUAUCAUGAGCAGCAAAGAAGAAUCAGAGGAGCUUGGUCGUCUUUUGCAACCUUAUUUGGAGGCUCAAGUUGCAAAAGCCAAUGUCAGAGAAUUUUUACAUUUUUUGUGUCUGAAAUGCUCACAUGAAUUUUCAAAAGAAAUUGGUUCAACAAAACGAGAAGCUGAUUCAGUAGACGAAUGUCAGAAAUGUGGAAGUAAAAAUGUGGUUCAACAGGAAUCUCCGCCGUCAGUAAUGCCCAGCAAUAACACACCACAAGAAUCCUUUUCCUCAACUGUGAAACAGUCAUUUUUAGGUUUAUUUUCCAAAGAUAAAUCUCCAUCUUCUGGUUCUUCCACCCCAGUGAACAGAGAUUCACCCGUCUUCAAACGUAAGUUUGGCAUGAGGAAACGAUCUUAUUCAAAAUCUACAAGGAAUUCAUUUUAUAUUGGAGAUUCAGAUGUAUCUCAUUCUUCUGAAAGCUUAAGUAGUCAUCAGAAUAAAGACGAGAUAUUAGAUAAAGCACGACCAGCAAGUUUUCAUCUUGAAGAUUCUGAAAAAUGGUUGGAAGGACAUGUUCGAUCUCUCUCUUUCCAGAAAGAGAACUCUAAGAAAAAUUCAGAUUAUCUUACUAACAAAAGAAUUAAUGACAAUUCUACAUUGCUACAGGUUAGAGAAAAGCUAAAGGAGCACAAUUCCUCGCCUGCUAUUUGUGUACAGCAAAGAAUUCAUGACAACAGUUCAAGUUUAAGUGCUACACCUCCAGACUCUUUUCUUACAAGUAAUGUUUGUCACAGUAUGAUAUCAAGUGUUUACAAGCAGACACUUCCAUCUGUCACUACUGUAGAGGGGAAUAAUUUGCGGAUCUAUGUUGAAGAUGUUGAUGCUCAGAACAUGCAAGUGGAAACUGAAGAUGAAAACAGUUCUAGAACUGACCGUGAAAGUUCCUUCCAGUCUAUUGAAGAAUUGGAAACAGGGAGUCGGCCAGCUCAUGAUCCUCAAGCUGAAAUCAUCUCAUUGUCAGAUUCCACAGACACCAACUCAGACAUCACUGCUCUUAGUGAACCUGUAGAUUCUGACAUUAGAAAAGAAAAUAGUGACACUCCAUGCACUUGUUUGGAUCACCAGAUUCAAUUGUUUCUUGUUAUGAAACAUUUACAACAUGCUGAACGGAUUAGUUCAAGUAUCCAGUGUCAAAUUGUCCAGCACAUCAUUGGAGAAUAUAGAGGUUUACUAGUUUUGUCCACUAUGAAUAUUUUUAUUUUUCGGCUUCAUGGAGCUAAUCCUAGUGAGAAUCCAGAAAAGUUUGUUAAGUUACAUUCCAAACAUCCAAUCACAGAUUUGAAGUACUUAGACAUUGGUUUGGGCCACCAAAGUUUACGGUUUGAAUUUGAUGAAGAUUGUGCUAGCUAUUCCUUUCUUAUUAGAGAUGAAUAUAUCUGCCGGAAUUUCAUUAAUGUUCUUCUCGAUUUAACAAAACGACUCAGCAAUAUGGGCCAUAUGAAGCCUGUACAGGUUUGCUUGUACCAUCAUGAAACCACUAAGAAUCUAAGUCGCCUGCUAAAGAAAAAUGACGCCAGUGAAAACAAAGGGGUUGAUGUGGAUCAUCCUGAGAAAAGUAUUUCGGUUUAUGUCUUAACAACACAACUAAAAGAUGAGAAAGGUGAACAGAAGUUACCAGUUUCAGUAGCCCUCAUUGGACCUUUGUUAUACCUUAUAGUAGAAGAUCACCAAUGGCCGAUGCCUCGAUUGCAACCAAGAAUGCCACCUGAAAGUAUCUGUCCACAAUUUGUUAUUCAUGAUAAGCAGAUCAUUCUUGAUAUCACCAGUUUGAAACUCUGGAAGAAUAAUGAUAAACGGCUUCGGUUGAAUUUCCUAAAUGAGAUCUCAGGUUGUGAGUUCCAUUGGGACUUUUUGUUUGAAACAAAUCGAGGUGUUAACCAGCUUAUGCAGGCUGUACGUGCUCCCUGGGAAUCAGAAUUUGGAGUGAAUCUUGAAAUCAUUGUGCUGUGAGGAAUUUGAAGAUAUUACUCAAGUUUCAUAUUAAUUUUCCUGGCUCUGUUCAGUGUGAACCAUGGUCUUUCAAAUCAUUUUCAUGAAGAAUCUAUUUUUGUAAAUCAACUGUAAACACCAUCAAUAUCCAAUGUAACAUGCCAGUGUGCUUGUAAAUACCUUAACAAAAAAUGAAAAUUACCCACAAUAUAGAUAUUUAAUGCAUGCAUCCAAUUAAUUGUCUGUGUACAUAAUGCAUAAAUGUAUGAUUAUAUAUGUAUAAAAUACGUUACAUAUAUUUACAUGCAUUUUAUAUAUAAUACGUUAAAUAUAUGUAUAUAUAUAUCUGUUUAUUUGUUAUUAAUAACAUUAGUAAUUAAAUAUUGCUGUCAAAAUCAAAAUUAAAAAUAUGGUAUUGUUCUCCACAUUUUAAAUGCAUAUUGCAGAAAAAUCACUGCUGGCGACUGCAAAUCAGUUAAGAUGGUGUCAUGUUAAACAAAACCAACUUCACUUUACAUAAAUUUUCUUGGUCAUUAUUUAAUUUGAAUUGGAAUUAAUGAUAUUGUGAUUUGGUUGCAAAUAGCUUUGGUUUGUUAUUUAGAAAACACAAAUAAAUUGUGACUCUGUGUUUAAGAUUUUCAUUUUAUAACCAUGUGGUUCUAUGUUUGAUCUCACUUGAUGAAACCUUGAGCAAGUGUCUUCUCUCAUUGCUAUGGGUUGACCAAUGCCUUGUGAGUAAUAUUUGGUAUUGCUGGAAACUGUGUGGAAGCUUGUCAAAAAUGUGUGUGUGUGUGUAUGCACAUAUUGGCAAGAGAUUUGCUGCCAAUACAUAAAUAUGUCAAACAAAAAUAUUUUGUGAUAUUUAUUUCUCUUUAGUAACAUCCCUUUAUACCAAGGUGCAUCUAGCCAUUUAAUAAAAAUCUAUAAAAUAAUUACAAAAACUACUGGGUAUCAAUAUAAUAAUCGACUGAAAGAUUUAAAGACAGUGCUCCAACAUGGUUGCCAUCCAGUGACUGAAAGAAACCAUUGGAAGAAUUAUAUAUAUAUAUAAAUAUAUAUAUUGACUGGCCAUAUCUAUCUUUAUCUAUAUACUCUACUGCUCUAUAACUUAGAGUGUGCUUCUUUUGCGGAUUGAUAAUUUACUGACAAUAUAUAUAUAUCUUUUCUCCUAUAUAUAUUCCUUAAUUGAAGUGUGAGGGAAAUUAUUAAAGAAUACAUUUGCAAUAGAGAGUUGAGAAAAAGACAGCACACAAACUUAAUUCCUAAAUUUAGUCACAUUAAUAAAUAAAAAUCUAUAAGAAACAAAAUGUUAAACUUUGUAAAUUAAGGUAAGAAUUUAUGGUUAUGUCUAGAUUUUUUACUUCAAAAUAAAAAGAAAGGUAGGAGAAAAUGGUACUCUUCAAGCUUCUGAUAAUAGAUUAUUAUAUUAUUGCGGUAAGUUUUCAUAAUUAGUUAUUGCUAGAUGAGCUGGUAGAAUUAUUAGCAUACUGGGCAAAAUGCUUUGUGGCAUUUUGUCCAUCUUUAUGUUCCGAGUUCAAAUUCCGCCAUGGUCAACUUUGCUUUUCAUCCUUUCAGGGUUGAUGAAAUAAAUGCCAGUUACACACUGAGACUGAUAUAACUGACUACUCCCCACCACCACCACCACAAAUUCAGGCCUUGUGCCUAUAGUAGAAAGGAUUAUUAUUACUAUUAUUAUAAAUUCCAUCAUGAAGGUGACAAGGUGACAGAAUCAUUAGAGCCCUGGAAAAAUGCUCUGCUGAUUUUUCUGAGUUCAAAUCCUGCUGAGGUCAACUUUGCCUUUUAUCCCUUAGGGGUUGAUAAAAUAAAUAUCACUUAAGUAUUGGGGACUAUGUCAUCAAAUUGCACUGCCCCUCAAAAUUUCUGGCCUUGUGCCUAUAGUAGAAAUAAUUAUUACUUUCAUCACUUUAUAUUCUGAGUUUAAAUCCUGUUGAGAUUUAAACUCUACUUUGAUUUUCUUAUAGUUUUGAAGUCAAGAAAGUAGCCAUCAAAUAAUCAACUGAUCUCUUACCCUCAAAAUUAUUUGUCUUGUAUCUAACUAAAAAACCACUACUAUUAGUAUUAUUAAGGGUGGCAGAAUCAUUUGAGCAUUGAAUAAAAUGCCUUGCAGUAUUUCUUCCAGUUCUUUAGGUUCUGAGUUCAAACUGUACUGAGGUCAACUUUCUCUUUCAUCCUUUGGGAGUUGCUUAAAUGAAUUACUAACCAAAUACUGAGAUCAGUGAACUGACUUAGCCCUUCUUCCAAAUUUCUUACCUUGUGCCUAUGUUAGAAGCAAUUAUUAUUAAUAUUAUUAGUUUCAUAAAUAGGGCGGCUAGCUGGCAGAAUCGUUAGCAUGCCAAACAAAAUGCUUAGUGGCAUCUCUGGCUUUACAUUCUGAGUUCAAAUUCCACUGAGGUCGACUUUGCCCUUUUUUUUCCUUUUGGGAUCAAUAAAAUAAGUAUCAGUUGAACCCUGAGGUUGAUGUAAUCAACUUAACCUCUCCCCUGAAAUUGUUGGCUUUGUGCCAAAAUUUGAAACCAUUAUUUUCAUAGAUAAAAAUAGAUUAUAGAGAAAUAUUUAUUUUUAUUUACUUAUUCAUUUAUUUGAUGUAAUUAAGCAAACUAGAAAAAAGGUGAAUUUGGUGCCUUAAGAAAUCUUUUUAAUGGAUUUACCAUGUCAUGCACACACACAAACACACACAUACCCACACGUACAUACACACAGGUGAGCAAGAUAAUGUUUCAUACCUCUGUAUACUUAGCUGUAAGAAAAAUGUUAAGUUGGGACUGGUGAUGAUGAAUAUAUUUCUAGGUGGGGGAGCUAUACUUAAAAGCUUCCAAGGGAUUAGCUUUAGAGAAGGAUAAGUUCUACCAUGUUUUUGCCUUACAUACACCACAUGAAAAUGCUUUGGAUCAUGUAACUCUCUCUCUCUUUCAUGAAAGUAAUAAUUUUUUCUACUAUAGUCACAAGACCAGAAAUUUUGAGGGGCAGGGCAAGUCCCCAGUACUUAACUGAUAUUUAUAAACUAAGCACACAUCUGAUGAUACUAGGGUGCUGUCUUCUUUCCUACUUACUAAUACUUAUCAGUGUGUGUGUGUGUGUGUGAGUGUUUAUAUCUUUUUGUCUUGACAUUGUGUGAUUGUUUCCAAUUCAUUUCCAAUGUUCUGCAAAAACAGGUCUGGCCAUGGAGAAACAUUACCUUGCUUGGAAGCAUAUAAGGAUUUGUAAUAGGAAGAUAAUCCAGCUGUAAAAAAUCUGCUUCAAUAAAUUCUGUCUGACCCAUGUCAGUAUGGAAAAGUGGCGACUAAAACAAACAAUGACAAUGAUGAUAUUAAUAUAUAUAUAUAUAUAUAUAUAUAUAUGAAGGAAAUGAUCUUGUUUGAUAUGCAGUAAAGGAGUAGGUAGGAACAUCAUAUGCUAUACAUAGAGUAAGAUAUGAACACACACCGUGUCACAGAAUCACUGGCUGGCUAACAGUAAAGGCAAGCUUUGUGUGUGGCAGAUGCAUUGAAGUAAUAUGUAUAAGGAGUACAAGAGAAAUAGACUCUCUUAAAUGCCCUGCUGGCUCAGCCAAAGUAGUUGAUGGUUUAUGUUAAUUAGGUGAUAUAGUUAGCAGAGGAGAUGGUUGUUCAGAAUGUAUAGUAGCCAGGAUAAGGAUGGAUUAGAAAAGUUCAGGUAGCUAUUACCUCUGUUAACAAUAAGGCUUUCGCUUUCAGAGUGAAAAGCAGAUUCUCUAAUGCUUGCAUGGUAGUAAAUGUGGGCCUUGAAUCAAAUGUGUGAAGGACAGAAAGAAAUGAAGCUGCAUGUUCUGUUGGAUGGAUAAUGCUAGUGUGCAUGAACACUUGAAUACAAAUGAGCUGAGAGAAAAACUGGAUAUAAGAGAAAUUCAGUGUAGUGUACAAGUGAGAAUGCUGCAUCGGUAUGUGCAUGUGAUGCAUAUGGAGAAUGACUGCUGCAUAAAGAAGUGCUAUAAACUCCAAGUUAAUGGAACCUGUGGGAAAGGGAGACCAAGGAAGACUUGGGAUGAAGUGAAGGCUGAUCUGAAGAUACUGCAUCUCACAGAGAGAACAACAACCAUAUUGACUGGUAGUAUGUGGUACUACAGAACACCUAACCGCCUGCAGCAAAACCUACUCAAACAUACAUUGUAUAUCUUCCUAACCAUCCUCACCUUACAUCCUCUGAACUCCCUUUAUUCAUUCUUCCACUAGGCCUCUCAACCAAAGAUUGUAUUGGUUCAUACUCAUCCUAUAUAUAUAUAUAUAUAUAUAUAUAUAUAAUGUUUCAGUCCAAAGGGUGUGACCAUGCUGGAGCAUAUGUAUACACACAUCCAUACAUACAUGUUUGUGUGCAUGAAUGUCUGUGCGUCACAUAGGGAGUAAACUUUGGAAAUACACUUUUUCCACCAGAAGUAAUACCAGGAAAUAAUUAUAAUUUAACUUUUAUCAAAUUUUUUGGUGCUUAUACAAAAUCCGAAAGGAAUAUUAAUGUUCAAAAGAAAAAUAUUUAUUACUUUAAAAUAAAAUUAAAUAAAACAAAUUUCUCAUUUCUAUAACUCCUCUCAUAAUUAGUCAUUUAUUUCUUCUUCUCUUCCUCUUCUGUCUCUAUCAUUCUACCUCUCUUAUUCAGUGUGUAUAUGUGUAUGUAUAGUGUUCCUUUUUUCAUUGCCUGCCACCAAGCCUUCUAUGUGCAUUCAUUCUGCACCUCAUAUGUCAGCUUUCUCUGUAUCUCUGUUUUACUUUCGCCUCUCUUCACUCUAUAUGAUGUAAAGUGUGAUUGGAGAAAUCAAGCAACAGAUUAACAUUUAUGUUGGCUAUUAUAUAUGUUUAUGUAUAUACACGCACACAUCUCUAUCAUUUACAUGCAGAUAUCACACACACACAUAUAUGCGCAAAGAACUGUACACUUUGUCAACCUGGAGAAAGCCUUUGACAGUGUUCCUUUCUUUCUGAUCUGGUGGUCGUUGGUGAAGCUAAGAGUAGACGAAUGGCUGCUGAGACUAAUUCAAGUCAUGUACAGAUAAACGUUAGCAAUGGCUGCUGAGAGUGGUUCAAGUCAUGUUAGUCAGAUAAACGUUAGCAAUGAGUAUGAAAGCAAAUUUCGUGUGCAAGUAAGACUUCUCUGGGUUAAGCUCUCACUUUCAUCCUACUCAUCAUAGUCCUUUAGACCAUAACAGAGGAACUUAAGACUGGGUACUUGUAGGAACUCCACUAUGCUGAUGAUUCUGCUCUUAUAGCUGAAUUUGUCAUAGAAUUAGAAAAAUUCCAUGUGUAGAAGCAAAACCUGGGAUCAGAAGGCCUUAAAUUUAACUUACCAAAGUUUUAGUAGGCAAGAAAACAGACAAGUACGCUAUAUCCUUCAGGAAAAUGACCAUGCUGGUAGAAAUUUCAUCUGAUGUACCCAGAGCAAAUUAUGGACACAAGGUGUGCAAGUAGAAUCAUAUGAUGGUUGACAGAAAACAAAGAUUGUCUGUGGCAGAUGUGUUGGAGUAAUAAGCAGUAAGAACAUCCAGAAAAUAGAUUUGUUAAAUGCCCAUGUGGAUCCUUAGUGGGUAGUUUCUGUCACCUCGAUUACCUAAUUAACUAUGGGGGAGGAUGUUCUGAAAGUAUAGUUGUUAGAAUAGGACUAGUUGGAGAAAGUUCAGAGAGCUAUUAACUUUGCUAGCAGCAUAAAGCCUCUCACUCAGAGUGAAAGGCAGUUUGUAUGAACAGCAGUGCUUACACGGUAGUGAAAUGUAGGCUAUAAAUGCAGAAGACAUGUGAAGACUAGAGAUAAAUGAAGCUAGCACACUUCACUGGAUGUGCAGCAUUAAUGUGCAUGUACAACAAAGUGCAAAUGUGUUGAGGGAAAAUUGAGCAUAAGAGGCAUCAGAUGUAGUAUGCAAAAGAAAAAAAAUUGCACUGGCAUCAGCCAUGCUCAAAUGGUGCUUUUUACGUGCCACCUGCACAGGAGCCAAUCCAGCGACACUGGUAAUGACAAAAGAUAGAUUGAUACAUAAAACUACUUUCUGCAGUUAAGAGUAAUGAAAAUUUUGAGUGGAUAUAUACAGAUUUUCACAGUAAAAGGACUAAUUUCUUUAGGUCAUAUUUGUACUAUGUGAAAUAAUUCUGGUUUUAUUCUAGCAUUUGCCAAACAUCUUCUUACAUAAAUAUUCAACAUCUUCAGUUACUUGACCACUAUACUUCUCAUUACAACUGAUUUCUUGUUCAACCACAAUACACAUCAUCAAAAUGUUCCCUAACAGGUUGGUGGAAUAAUUAAUUCUACAUUAUCCCAUCUUCAUGACUGUUACUUUAAUGAAAAGUGAGUUAAAUGGCCCUUCACCAAUACAACAAUUACUCCAAUUAUUAUUAUUAUUAAAAUUCUAGUUUAAUGUAUCCCCAUAUAAAAUAUUACCAUUGGCUGUCUCCAACUUUAUAUUUUCACUUUAUAUUUUUAUAAUAUCAGUUUCUACCAGGUGAUAUUCCAACCAUGAUAACUGUUUUCGAUUGAGAUACAAUGUCUGUAGUUUGAGGGGCAGGGUAUUAGUCAGUACCACAGAACCCAGUAUUUGACUGAUAUUUUAUUGAUCCCUAGUGGGACGAAAUGCAAAGUUGACCUUGGUAGAAGUCGAACUCAGAACAUAAAGUGUUGGAAGAAGUACUACAAGAAUUUUGUCUGGCUCUCCAAUGAUUCUGCUAGUUUUCUGCUUAACACUCUUGUUACCAUAUUUCUGUUGAGAUGCUCUGUGUUUCUUUCAGUUUUAAAUAUAACAAAGAAUUUAGUAAAAUAACUUAGUUAUCAUUAAGCUAGUGUUAGGAACAUAAAUUCUGACUAAGGUUUGGUGGAAGAUUUUAAUUCAGAACUUUUGAAAACAAGACAUUUGUACUCCAGAGGCAGUUUCAGGCAGAUUGGUAUCAAAAGGGUUAAUUCUAAUUAUGAUAAUGCAUCAACAUGUUAAAUUUCAGAUGUCUUUACACAAGAUCUUUCAGAAUCAGUUGCUCUUAUUUAUUAAUACUAUCUUAAAACACAUGCAACUAUUACUUUCAGUAAACCUUAACUUUUGCUAAAAAUAAAUCCUAAAAGCUCUUUUUGUUGAUUUACAUAAUUCCUGCUAGUGGUUCUUGGUUUUUUUCUAGAAUUAUCCAAAUGCACUAUCAAGUGGAGAUUCAUUACUUUUAACCAGCAUGGUUAUCGUUGUGUCACACUAAGUUUAUCUAAAUAAAGCCACAAUCACAUGCAGUCUUCUACAUGAGGAAGCUUUGUUCAAUUGUACAGCCAAGUUCUCUGACAUUGAACUACUAGUCACCUUCAAUAAUUUUUAUCAACUUGUAAAAUACAUACACUAAUGCAACAAUAUGACCAUAAGAAUAACACCACAGAAAUAAUAUCAAGGUUUUAAUGUUAUUCAUUUACUAGGUUUUUGUCUCUUUUGUGAUUGUAUUAUUUUUGCCUGUUUUUUUUUUUUUUUGAGAAGCUAGGAAAUUGAACAUUCACUACUUAAUCUGUGUGUGCAUAUAUGUGUGUGAUAUAUAUACAUAUAUACAUGAACAUACGCAGUGUGUGUGUGUGUAUGUAUGUAUCUGUGUAAACCUCUGUGCAUGUGUGUGUGUAAACCAGUGUAUCAAGUUGUGUCCCUUUAUGUCAAAAAUGUAACUUAGCCAGUUGAUUAAUAGAGGUACAUAAAAUAAAUACCAGACUAAUAUAAGUAUUGGGAGUUGAUAUGAUUGACUAAAACUGUUGAAGUUGGUACUCCUGCAUGGACUCAGAGAGAGUGAGAGAGAGAUGGAUGGAUGGCUAUAUUACCUCACAUAUAUGCACAUGCGCACUCACACACAUGUAUAUAUGUACUACUUACUAUGAGUGGGAUAGUUUUUGUUGUAAUGUUUGUCCUUCCCCUUACUUACCAGUCAACCGUGAAUUAAUUGCAGAACCUAUUGGCAAUCAAGCAAAAAAACAUUGCUAUGCAUCUUAUUGACUGUGCCAAAAGUUUGAACUUAAGACCUUGUGGUUAGCAGUUCACCACCUGAACCCCGCAGCUGUUUAUAUAUUUGUGCUUGUAAACAGAAUGCAGAAUAAUUAUCCAUGAUUUUGAUUUCCCUUUUGAAAAAUUCUUUAUUCUCAACUCUUAUAAUGGACACAAAUAUAUAAUUCAUUAUGUACAGUGUUGCACUAGUAAUUUAUGUGCAGUAUCAUGUGCAGGUCUCAUGUUCCUGACAGAUGUUGAUCAAAAUCGAAGUUCAUACAUUGUAUAACUACUGGGUGGGCAAUACCAUUUGCCACAACUUUGCUAAAUCAAGAUAGAUAGGACUCUUUUCUAUAAUUACUUCUCUCUUUCUCAAUUAAGUCAGACAUUUAUAAAACAUACACAUUAUAUACAGUGCCUCAAAUCAGCCCUUGUAGAGCUUGUAUCAAAUGAUUAUGCUUUUGAAAUGGGGUCAUCUUGUGUAGCCAGAGGUGGACUGCUAAGUUUGUAUAUUACUUUAACUUGAAAUAUGCUAAUGGCUUUAAAAAAAGGCAUGUUCACAUUGAAAGCAAAGUAUUAAUAUUUCUUCCUUUGGAUUAAUUGUAAAGAAAUCAGUUAUAUUUUAUCUAUAAAAAAAAAACCCCUCAAAAAUUAAAAAUGAAUUAGUAAUCUAUAAUUGGUUUCUUAAUUAACAAAUGAAAUGUUUCUGUUCUAGAAGAUAUUUAGGUUUCAUCUCAAUGGAAAUAAUGUAUUUCUUUGAAGGAAAGUUAAUUCUGAUGCCUACAAUCAAAAUAUUGAGAAUAUAUAGUGUUGUUUGAGUUCUGUAAUAUACCAUAUAGAUUUCCAGAUUGCUUAGUUGGCAGAAUACUAGAAUACAAUUUGCCAAUGCACUAAAUUCUCAGAAUCCCAGACCUCUUACUAUAAAUUGGUUCACAGAGAAAUGUAACUCAUAACUGUAGGCAAGAACAUUGUAAAAUUGAGGACUGAUUUGUUAGCUUGCUGUGUUUAAUUUAGUUUCUUUUGGAGAGGAAAUGAGCUUUGACAGACUACAUUCUCUUACAAUUAUUGUCUUUGGUGAUGCUCUAAGACCUACUUUAGUCAUUGGAAUGUCCCCCCCUCUCUCUCUUGCCCAAGCUGAACACAAGGUUCUUUGUAUAUUACAAGUAUUCAUGAGUGUGUUUAUGUGUGAAUCUAUAAAUUAAAUUUCUAAAUUUUGUUUUGAUUUUUAAUUUUUACCACUCAUUUUCAAUAUUGGGUUUAAUAUUAUAAAUUACAUUAUUUAUUUCAUUCUAAUAUUUGUAACAACUUUGUUAUGUUUAUUUUGAAGUAAAAGAUAUAAAGCACAAACAAAAUCAGUUUUGUCAUCUACAAUUCAUAUUCACUAUUUUAAAUGCUACUUUAUUUUUUCUCCCCCACCAUGUUUCAAAAACAUGACAACAGCAGCACUCACUAAUUUAACACAAUAUAAGCUUCUUUAACAAUUAGAUACUUCAUCUCCACCCUUAUUGGUUACUAUUACACAUAGAGGUAUCAGCAUGUACAAGUUGCUCCAAUGACACAUCAUAGUGCCUGCAAAAAGAGGAGAAUCAUAUGCAAUGGUGUGAGCCAAAAUUUUAUUGCAUAAUCUUCUCGAGUCUUUAGUAUUCAGUUCUCUUCUGCAUAAGUGUUGCUUUAUAAACCCUCUUAUUAUUUAUGGAGAACUGUUUGGAGUAAUGAUGAUGACAGCUUUUAAAAUAGUAAUCUUAUACAUGUUGAAGUAAUAAUGAUACUCACUGGUUCCAUUAGGACAAUCUUAACAAUAUCCUAAAUUAAACUUUUAUGUAUUUUGUGUUUGCUCCCUUGAAAUAUGUCAAAACAAAAAUAUAUCAAAAGUAAAAAAAAAAAAAGUAAAAGAAAA